AUGCUCGCAGACCCCCUUCCGCCUCGCACGGCCGCCUUCACUCACAGGCAGGUCGCCAACUUCUACUUCCGGCCGUGCCGCGACCAGUACGACGAGGUCAUUCUCGAGUACUUACGUUGCCGGUGCGGCGCGACCCGGAAGCGAGUCACCGGGACGGGGUACUCGAACCUGAUGCAGCAUAAAAGGCGCGAGCACCCCUCGUACUCGGAGGAGAUGCUGGCCGCAACACCCGGUCAGACGGGCUCUCUUGCUCACUACGUCCGCCACUCUGCCCAGAACUUGUUCGGUUGGCUGGAGUGGCUGGUGAAGUGCAACCUACCGCUAUCAUUUUGCGAGAGCAAGCUCGCCAGACGUUACACGCGCCUCCAGCCUGUCUCUGUCGAAACGCUUCGGCGCGUCAUGGACGCCGUGACGCGCUGCGUCGAGCACGCGAUCGCGGCUGAGAUGCCGGAGGAGUUUGGUCUCAUCUUUGACGGGUGGAGCCACGACUCGGAGCACUACAUCGCGGUCUUCGCGUGCUACGAGGUUGAUGGGGUUCUGAGGUGCCCCUUGCUCUGCAUGGCACCACUCGUCAACGAUGAGACCGACGACUUCUCCGCGGCUAGUCAUCAAGCCUUCUUGGCUACGAUGCUAGCGCGCGACUAUCAGAAGCGCCUGGACCAGGUUCUCUUCCUGGUGGGAGAUAAUUGCGGCGUCAACCGCCGCCUCGCUACGCUGAUGGGUGUCCCGCUAAUCGGGUUCAAGACCGACCUUCGACCAAUCAUCCGCCAGCAAACCCGUUGGGGUUCGACCUUUGCGAUGAUUAACCGCUACUUCGAGCUUCUACCAUUCAUCGACGCGGAGGACGACGAGUUGGCCGAGCUCCUUCCCCCGGCGGCGUCCAAGCGGCGGCUUCGGGACCUGCUCGGCGAGCUGAAGGACGUGGAGUCCUCGUCGAAGGCUCUCCAAGGCGCUGACGCAAACCUCCUCGACGUUUGCGCCUGGUUCGACGGGCUCAUUGCCGCGAAGCCCUCGUACGCCCGUUAUCUCGUACCGCGGGCUGACAUCGUCCACAGCCCCGACUUCGAGGCGGGCUGCGUCAAGGUGCUCAAGGGGCAAGCCAAGCGGCUGACCCGGGUGGAGAAGGCGGCGCUGGAGCGCUUCUUGGCGGCUCCACCAGCAGGCGAGGGCGAGCAAGAAGAGAAGGUUGAGGAGGCCAGCAUCUCCUUCGUGGAGCGGCUGCAAAAGCGUCGGCGCCUGGAAGAGCAUCAACCAUGCUACGAACUGCUGGCAUCCAUUCCGCCCACGUCCAACGAUGUCGAGCGAUUUUUUAGCAUCGCUCGGGCCACGUUUGGGCUGCAGCGCCACGCAAUGCAGCCGUACACGCUGGAGAUGCUGCUGUUCCUGCGGCAGAAUGCCGAUUAUUGGGAUGCGCGCACUGUUGAGAGCGCGGAGUAA